AUGAACAUCCCUGCACUACUCUAUUUCUUCAAUUUGUUAUGGACCGCGCCGAGCGUCGUUCUUUCGCGAGGAGUGGGCACGAAGGCGGCUCAGUUCAAAGUACAUUCCCUGCCGGGCAUUGCUUCGUUGCCAUCAAGCUGGGCGGGUCGAAUCCCUGUCCCAGGGGCCAAGGCCGGCAAUGAGAUCUUCUUCUGGCUCUUUGAGACAGAGCAGCCAGCGUAUGAGGACAACUUGAUCAUAUGGUUCAACGGCGGCCCAGGCUGCUCGUCAUUGAUAGGAUUGGCAACAGGCAAUGGUCCAUUUUCGUUCGAUGGGAACUCGACAAAUCUCGUUCGCAAUCCCCAUUCAUGGACACAAUUGGGCAAUGUCCUUUAUGUCGAUCAACCCGUCGGCACGGGCCUGUCCACCGCCAGCUCUCCCUAUCCUGUACGAGACAACGGCCAGGUCACCGAGAACUUUGCAGCUUGGCUGCAUGGAUUCUUCGAUUACUUCCCACACUUGAAAUCCAAACAGAUUCAUCUGAUGGGCGAGUCCUAUGCCGGCAUCUACAUUCCCUACAUUGCAUCCCAACUUGUCAACAGCUCUGCGUCGCUGAACAUUGCCUCGAUGUCCCUGGGGGAUGGUUCAUGGGGAAACGCAGCAGCCAUGUCAUCAGUUGCCAUAGGAAGAUACAUCAGAUCAAAAUCGACAUUGCUCGACGUCCCAGACGAAAUCCUCUCCGUCUUCGAGGAGGCCGACGAAAGCUGCGGGUUCAACGGUGUGCUAGCCGAGUCCGCCAUCUACCCGCCCCAGGGCACCUUUGCCAUACCAGGAAAUCCAGAGUUCUUCAACCUCAAACGGCGACGCCGGGACUUGACAAACGCCCUGACAGCCGCCUGUGACAUAGGACCAACAACCCCAGAAGAAGUCCGAACCUCAAUCUUCAACUCGACGUGCUACGGCCCCUGUGCAACCUUCUCCACGGCGAUGGACUACAUGACCGCCAAGUCCGCCAACAGCUCCACCCACGGCUGCUACGACGUCUAUGACAUAUCCCACGAUUGCAGUUCCAUCUCCCCACUGCCGCUACUAGCAGAAUAUUUCAGUCGCACCGACGUCCAGGCUGCCCUGCACGUCCCACACAAUGGACCCUACAGCGCCUGCAACUCGACCAUCCUUGGCACUCUCCUUGCUGCGCCUUCCCCGGUGCCGCCGGAGUACUUUAUCAUGCCAGAUCUGGUGACGAACCAUAACAUCUCUCUCCACCUGUUCUCCGGGGAGUGGGAUAUGUUGAUCAAUCAUCUUGGCGCGGAGCUGUCACUGCAGAAUAUGACGUGGCGUGGCGCACAGGGCUUUGCAAAGCCGCCAAACCAGUUGUUCUAUGCCGACGAUGCAGCACCCUCGACGACUGAGAACGCUAUUCAUGCACCUGCCACGACUAUGGUGGCCGCUACUAGCACAGCGAAGGCGGCUGGAACGUGGGCCGCGGAGCGUGGGGUGUCGUACCAUCUUUUCCGCGAGGCAGGACACAGCGUGUUUGUGAACAAGCCACGUGAGAUGUAUUCGUACGUGAGAGACGUGGUUGUUGCUCCCAGAGCGGGUUGA